AUGUUUCUCAGAGGCUACGCGAAUCCUCUGCUGAACAUGACUUCAUUCAAAAGUCAACGAGUAGUUGAAAACGGCUUCAUGCCAACAUUUAAAGUCCAGGGCCAGGUUUACCACCUUGCAGGUAGUCUUCUUCCACAAGUUCCUGACGACCAUAAGUUUUUGCAGAUAUAUUUUAUUUCCGAUCCUGAAGUUCAAGCAACGACUCGAUGUAAUAUUAGUAAUAGUAAUUCAAGAACACCACUUGAUAACUCUAUAGUCAGGUCAUUGCAAAACAUGUUGCAUUUGCAUAAUAGAUACGUACAAUCUUUUAAAACUGCAAUGGAAAGUAUCUCUCUCGAUGUCCCAGAUUACAAUGUAGUAAUUCAUGCCAGCAGGGUACCUGACGGUGAACACCGUGGACGGUAUAAUGCUCCUUCUACCAGUGAAGUAGCAGUUGUCAUUGCUGGACAACAAUUUGACAAAAGGGAUAUCGUUCUUCGAAGCCGCGACGAAAAUCUCCACAAAAUUUCCGAACUACAUCGUUCAUAUGACAGUCUUCAAUAUCCAUUGAUGUUUUGUCGAGGUGAAGACGGAUACACAAUUGAUAUUCCCCAAGUUAAUCCUUCUACAGGAGACAGAGUACAGAAGAAAGUUUCAUGUAUGAAUUAUUAUUGCUAUCGUUUAAUGGAACGCCAUAAUCAUUAUAAUGUUUUACUAAGGUACGGAAUGUUACUGAAUCAAUAUGUUGUAGAUCAGUAUGCUAAACUAGAAUCAGAACGUUUAGCUUUUAUACGAAAUAACCAAACACAAUUACGCGCAGAAAAUUAUAUACACUUACAGGAUGCUUUACAUUCUAAUGAACACACGACAAACAAUAUUGGGCAGCUGGUAAUAUUACCGUCAUCUUUUACUGGCGGACCAAGAUACUUACACGAAAAAACUCAAGAUGCCAUGACCUAUGUCAGGAAUUACGGGAAACCUGACCUCUUCAUUACUAUGACCUGUAAUCCUAAUUGGAAAGAAAUAAAAGAUAAUCUGCAUUCCACCGCAACACCUCAAGACCGAUAUGACAUUUUAAAUCAAUUACCAGACCAAGACGAAGACCCAACAUUGUAUGACAUCGUGGUAAGGAACAUGAUUCACGGACCCUGUGGAGCUUUAAACCCUAACUCGCCAUGCAUGCAUGAGGGAAAAUGUUCAAAAAAAUUCCCAAAACCAUAUCAGAGUCAAACUUCAACUGGUGAUGAUGGCUAUCCAAAGUAUAGAAGAUUAUCACCAGAGGAAGGAGGACGCAAGGCUGCUAUUCGUAAUUACGAAAUUGAUAACAGAUGGGUAGUGCCUUACAAUAAACUAUUAUUAAAAAAUUUCGAGGCGCAUGUUAAUGUAGAACUUUGCAGUUCCGUGAAAUCAAUAAAAUAUGUCACUAAAUACAUCAAUAAAGGAAGUGACCAGGCUACGUUUAGUUUACAUUCUACAAAUGAAGUAGAACAAUUUCAAUCUGGCCGCUACAUUUGUAGUUCUGAAGCACUAUGGCGGAUUAUGUCCUUCAAUAUUCAUGAAAGAGCACCAACUGUCACACACCUCGCUGUUCAUUUAGAAAACGGACAGCGGGUGUAUUUCACUGAAAAUAAUGUAAAUGACAUUGUGAAUAAUCCAAGAGAUACUACUUUAACAGCGUUUUUCAAACUAUGUGCAGAGGACGACUUCGCAAAAACUCUGACCUACGACAAGGUGCCUGCCUAUUAUACCUGGAAUCAAAAUACGAAAAAAUUCCAACGACGAAAGCAGGGGGCGGUAGUUCUCGGGUACCCUGGCGUGAGAAAAACAGAUGCUCUUGGAAGGGUGUACGUGGUACACCCUAAUAAUGCAGAAUGUUUUCAUUUGCGGUUGUUACUCCACGUUAUAAAAGGCCCUACUUUGUUUAGAAGUCUCCGCACUUUUGAAGGUGUAACUUACGACACAUUCCAAGGGGCUUGCAAAGCUAUGGGCCUCCUCGAAGAUGACAGUCACUGGGAGAGUACGCUCUCUGAAGCAGCCAUAUGCUGUUCACCAAAAUCACUUAGGUGCCUUUUUGCCAUUAUGAUAUCGUUCUGCCAAAUCACGGACCCGCAUCUUCUUUGGCAAAACUAUCAGGAAAGUAUGUCCGAAGAUAUACUGCAACGCAGACGACAAGAACUGUCAUCAGAUGAUUUAGAGUACGACCAAAAUAUUUUUGAUGAAGCUUUAAAUGAAUUAAAUAAAGAGGUCGAAUCUCUAUCAGGUAAAAGUAUAAAAGAUUUUGGUUUUAACUUGCCGUUAAAUUCAAAUCUUUAUGCAAUGAACAACAUCGAGGAUUUACGAGAGACUGACUAUGAUUACACCCAACUCUUACAGACAAUUCAAGAUGAACAUCGCUUAAAUCCAGAACAAAAAAUUGUUUACGACCAAAUAUUGUUAUCAGUUAAUAGUAAUGAAGGGAAAAUGUUCUUUCUAGAUGCACCCGGGGGCACGGGUAAAACAUUUAUAAUUAAUUUAUUAUUAGCAAAAGUAAGGUCUGACAGAAAAAUUGCUCUUGCCGUGGCGUCGUCCGGUAUUGCAGCCACACUUUUGAAAGGCGGGCGAACUGCACAUUCCACUUUCAAACUACCUUUAAAAAUUUGCAGUGACGACGUCUCUAGCGUUUGUAACAUCUCAAAACAGAGUAAAACAGGUCAUUAA